AACUUGAAGAUUUAUCACGUGACAUUUAUCAGUAUCUUGUGCGCGUUAAACAUGGCCGAUGCAGAGAAUGUCAUUGAAAAUGUUGGAGAUGUUGAUAAUACCAAAAGUAUUGUCGUUUUAGACAAAAAAGAUAAAGAAUUAGUAGUGGAAGAUGAAGUAGUUAAGGAAGAUGUUUGUGUUUUGAAUGGCAAUUCUGAUCAAGAAGAAGAGAAGGAAGAAGUUCAAGUUCUAAAGUCUGAAACUACUCCAGUCCCAGAUGAAAAACCAAGUGAGACACCUACAGUAGAAGAGAGUUCUGAAUCAAAGGCAAUUGAAGAACCAAAAGAAAAUGGCUUGAUCGCAGAAGAAAAGCCAAAAGAAGACAAAGAAGUUUCGAAGGAAGAUUCUGUGGGAAAUGCAGUAGCUAAACAUUACAAUGAUAUACCUGCUGGUACUAAAGAAUCUCGCAAGGAAAGUCGUAUUUUUCAUCUGCGUAACUUUAAUAAUUGGGUCAAAACUGUAAUUAUCACAGAAUUUUUGGGGAAAAUUAAAAGAAGAAAACGUCUCUCUGAUGAAAUCAAUAUAUUAGAUUUAGCAUGUGGUAAAGGGGGUGACUUGUUGAAGUGGCAAAAAGCUAAUGUUGAUCAUGUCAUUAUGGCAGAUAUUGCUUCAACAUCAAUUGAUCAGUGCAAAGAAAGAUAUGCAAAACUUGAAAAAGAAUCAAGGAGUCGCCAUUCUAGAGAGCGAUUAUUUACAACUGAGUUUUAUGCUGCUGAUUGCACUAAAGAGAAUUUAUGUGAAAAAUUUAAGAAUCCAGAUAUUAAACUUGACUUGACAAGUUGUCAAUUUGCUUUUCACUACUCAUUUGAAUCCUAUUCUCAAGCAGAACUGAUGUUCAAAAAUGCGUGCAAAAAUCUUCGUACUGGAGGUUAUUUUGUUGGAACAACCCCAGAUGCUCAUAAGUUAGUAAAACGUAUUAAAUCAAUGGAAAGUGAUUCAUUUGGUAACUCAGUAUACAACAUCAAGCCGGAUUCUAAAGAUAACUUUCCACUAUUUGGAGCUAAAUAUAUGUUUCAUUUAGAAGGUGUCGUUGAUUGCCCAGAAUUUCUUGUCUACUUUCCUGCUUUUGAGAAAAUUGCGGCUAAAUAUAACAUGAAACUGGUUUGGAAAAAGAAUUUUCAUGAACUAUUCAAAGAGCAUGAAAAAGAGUAUUCCAGUUUGUUAUCUAAAAUGAGCGCGCUUGAGGUUUUUCCUGCGCCAUCUAACAAGCAGCUAGUAGCAGAAGAAGCUGGACAGUAUAAAAAUGCUUCUGAAUACAUGGAUAGAAAAGCUACUAAAAAUAUGCGUGUUGGUACUUUAUCUGCUGAUGAAUGGGAAGCUGCUGGUCUAUAUUUAGCAUUUGCAUUUGAAAAAGUUGAGCCACCUCGUCAACCAAGAUCCAGUGAUCGUGUUGAUGACAGAAAAAGACAUCGUGAUGUUAGUAGAGAAAGUGCUAAAAGCAGAGAAAGUUCUCGAAGUAGUAGGUCAAAAGAUAAAAGAAAAUCUGAUAGCUCAGGACCAGCAAAAAAGUCCAGAAGAGAAAAUGAAGUUGAGGUGUAUGAAAUCAAAGAUGAGAUACAGUUUGAUGACGAAGUAGAAAGCACUCCUACGGAUAUAAAUGGUGGGACAUCAGAUAAACCUGCCGAAAUUGUAACUGAAACUUCUACAGGUAAUGUUGUUGAAACCUCUGAGGAUGCUACUCCUGUUAAAGUAGAGGAUGUUGUAAUGGACGCUACUCCAGAAGACUCCAAAUCGGUCGAUAUUGCAACAGAAGUUACACCUGUUAAUGAACCUGAAGUCACCAUGGAAACAGAAACAGUAAAAGUCGAGUCUAAAAUUAGUCACAGCGAGGAUGAAGUUGUAAAUCAACCCAAAACAACCAAUCCUGAGGUUUUAGGCGAAGCUCCUGAAGUUGAAAUGGAUAAAGAAGUGACUAAAGAAUUAGUUGACGAAGAGGCACAUUAGAUACUUUUAUUUGUGUUUUUUCAUAUUCAUUGGCAAGUAUGGCUAAAUAUCUGCGCACGGAUAUUUAAAACGAUAUUAAAUCUUUUUUAACGACUAGAUAUCUGUUUAUAAAUGUGUAUAAAUAAACUUACCGAUUGUGGGAGAAUUUUAAA